AUGGAUGAGCUCUAUGUGUUUCUCCUUGACUGCGGUGUGUCUUGUAAGGAAUAUGUGUUGAGUCGUAUGCAUGAUUUCCGAGAACUGCUUGGCGUUUGGCAUCAAAUUGCCUUGAGGAUGUUUAAAAGUACGUUUUUGGCUUCCGCUGCCAUAUUUAUUGUGGUCCUUGUUGUGUUUUUUACACUCAUCGGAUGUGUUGCCUUUUCACUUGUCGGCUCAGUGACUAUACGGCACUAUAUCCUGUCGCACGCCCCUGGAAAUCAGCUAAUGUCACUUACAUUCAAUACAAUGCCGUUUGAGACGGAAUUAUGGCGAUUGCGCAAGGUGGAUGCCAUCGUGUCACAUCUCACAUCCCAACCGGAGUCAUUGCUCCAACGCAGCGACGACUCUCUCGUUGUAUCCACGAAGGAAACGACCGACAAACAACUGACAUCUUCCGUUGCGGGGCAGGCUGCCUCUCUUAAAAUGUCACUCAUAGAGCAGUACGUUAAAAACACACUGGCGACAAGCACGUUGAUUAUUCCUUCAUUGGCUCAGAAAGAAGUGUUUCCUCCUGGUGGUGGCGUUUCCAUUGAGGCACUCUUUGAGCAAAAGAAGCCUAUGUUCAAUGCCAAGGGCGUAUAUGACGCCAAGAUGCAAUUUGUUUUCAUGAAGGAAGAUGCGGGCCGCGACGUUUCAAUGGUGUUGGAGUCCGCUGUUCUGUUUGCCCGAGAUCCCGAUGU